AUGAUCGAAGAUCCCUCCGCGCCCAUCCGUCCCCCCUCAGAAAACAAGCCUUCCGAAGAUGGGGGAUUCACAGUUCACUGCAAAGACCUCAAAUGGCUACCACUCGCUCCGAAAGUAUUCAUCAAAAUAAUCAAGACUGUUCCAGAAACAGGCGAGUAUUCAAUUAUGGUCCGGGCUGAGAAAGGCGGGGUGCUUCCUCGACAUCGACACCUUGACAGUGCCGAGAUAUACGUUAUGAAGGGAAGCGGCGCGCAUCCUCAGACGGGUAGCUUUGCUGAAGGAGACUAUGUUUCUGAAAGCAAAGGAGCAACUCAUGACCCUCUUGUGUUUGAGAAUGACACGGAGCUUUUGAUGGUCAGUAGGGGGCCUUCAAUGUUUCUGGAUGAUGACGGCUCGGAUCUAAUCCCCGCUUCCUUAUAUGCCUUUUGUGUUCUGUGGACUCACUUUUACUGGGGCUCGUUAGGAUGGCGCAUCUGGUCUUGUCUAUAG